AUAAAAUAAAAUAAAAUUAAUAGAAAAAAAAAAUCUAGAAAAAUGAACAUAUACGAUACAGUUAUGGAUUUUGAUAUCGAGUUUUAUGAUGAAAAUGCAAGAUUUGGCUCAAAUUCACAAGACAAUUUCUCAUUCUUCACAACAAAUAAUCAACCAUCCAGCCCUCGACAGUGCCCAAUUAGUCCUUCACAUGAUAGUUCAGAAUUACUACCAAUGAUGGAUGAAGAUUUCGUCGACUUUACAUCAUUUAUCGACAAAGAAAAUAAGAAACCAUACUCACCCGCAAGAAAACGCUUAAAUAUGGAUGCACUUGCCACCAGCAGUUCUCCAGUUACAAAAAAUAUUCUCCAACAUAGUAGUAAUGUAAAUAUUUCAUCGCCGUUCAGAUCAUCCGGAUUAAAAAGAACACAAUCAUCAUUAUUUGAGAGUCCAGUGCAGAACAAAAAACUUAAAAGUGAAAACGAUCACAUAUAUCUUCAGAACCAACACAUAAGAAAACCAAUAUCAAUAAUGAAUGUUCUCACAUCUUCAUCUGAGAAUUUAAGGAAAAACCGACUUUGAAAUUGGUAUCAAAUUUAAUUUGAAUAUGUACAGUAAUAUGUGAUGCAAUGGACUAAUUUUUCUUUAUAAGAAUAAGAAAAAUGACAAAAAGCUUUAAGUAAAAAUUUAGAUUGUAAGAUAAAGAGA